AUGUCAAACUGGCUUCCACGCGAUCUUUGGACUGAAAUUCUGGUAAGCCUACCCGUGAAAUCUCUUUUACGAUUCCAAUGUGUUUGUAAAUCAUGGAAAUCCUUGAUCAGUAGUCCCAAAUUUAUUUCCAUGCACGCCCAACACAGUGAGAGGACCGGCAAUUACGCUCAGAUAUUACACUGUAGGAGAUAUAGAAACAGCGAGACGCCAUACCAAUUACUCAAUAUCGAUGGUUCAUUCAGCGAGUUUCAAGAACUUGGAUAUCCAUGCCAAAAUAGAGGUAGAUACUAUAAAGUCCUUGAUUGCAAGGGAUUAAUACUUUUUACGACUGACAACGAGUCCCAUAUUCUAUGGAACCCUGCAAUUAGAAUGUCUAUGACUCUUCCUCGACCUCGCGUUGAUGUACCGAAGGGCAAACACUGUGUUCACGGGUUCGGCUUUGAUCAUAGAAGUAAUGAUUACAAGGUGCUGAGACUGGUCCAAGAUAUUUACGACUUGUUUCCAGUACUUCAGGUGGAACUUUAUAGACUCCGCACAGGCGCUUGGGAGACUUUUACGGGUGCUGACGAUUUUCUGUAUCAUAUAGCUCCAAAUACGCAGGCUUUCGUGAAUGGGGUGAGUCAUUGGUUUGGAUAUCUUAAAAGAGAGCAUAUGUUAUACGACGUCUAUCCUAAACGAGUUGUUGUGCUGUUUGAUAUGUGUGAUGAGCAACUCCGAGUGAUGAAGCUUCCGAAUCAUCUUGGUUUAGACUGGGAUAAGACUCUUGAUCUUGGUGUUUCUGGCGGAUUGCUUUCUUUAAUGGAGUAUAAUGGGCGACAAGAUGUUAAUUUGAGCUGCAGCAUUUGGUUGAUGAAGGAAUAUGGCGUGGCAGAGUCGUGGACAAAACAAUUUACAAUUGCUUUAGAGGGUUGGAGCUUUGGGCGGAUCUUCUGUUUUAGGAACAACGAAAAUAUUUUGGCUUGGAACCGGGAAAAUGAAAAAGAGUCGGUCUUAUAUAUUAAAUCCGAGGGUUCUCUUCUUGGCGAGAAUACUUUGAUUGAAAGUCUUGUUUUACUAGAUAAAGUAAAUCCUAUGCAGACACGCCAGACUUGUUUAAGGAAAUGCCAGUGGGCCGACUCAAAGAAAGGAAAGGAAACAAAAGAAAAGAAGAGGAAGACAUGCACGCCCGAGAGAAGCCUAAGCGAAGAACAAGAGAAUAUUGCUAAGAAGAUAAGGUUAGAAACAUGA